AUGAGUUUCGAAUUUCUUCUCCUUCUCCGCCGGCUCCUUCUCUGCGAAAUCCGCCGGCGGAGGAGAGGCGAAAUCCGAGCCGUCGAUAGGAGCGGCGUAGAUUCUGAGAGCGAUGUCUCCUUUGAUGUGAGAGAAAAGACCUCGCUUGUCGAGCGGGUAUCUCUGGACUCCGGCUUCGGAUUCCGACAACGGAACAGAGGCGCCGGCGAUUUUGACGCGGCCGAGGAACUUCCCGGGCUGAUUAUCGCGGCGGUCAUCGUAAACGGUGACGUCGAUAGUCUUGUGAGUCAAACGUCUGAAGUCACCGACGUUGAAAACUAA